CUCAGGUUAAAGUGUCUUUACUCAGAACACACUGCACAGUUACAAGUUGCACAGCAAAAAAUAAACAUCAGGCACAGACAUGCAUAGAUCCUACCAGCCUUUGGAACCAGUUACCAGCAAGUACCUGCAGAAGAGGAUGGAUGACAACAAAUACCAGCAGCAUCGACGCAAGGUUAAUGAUGCAAAGCCAGUUGUUGACACAAAGGGACACAAAACCCCAGGACACCUCCAGUUAAACCUUAAAAAACUGCAGAUGGAAGAGGAUCGCCUGAGCACGAUCUCGACAGACAAUAAGAAGCUGGCAUUAAAAUUAGCAGACAUUCUGAGAUCAAAAGGUCAAGUUGAUAACUGGAAUGAUCCUCCUGCGAGAAGUAUGAACGCGCAGAAACGUCGCAUGGAGCUGCUAAAUGUGUGUCACGAGAACCAAGCAAUCCUGGAGCGCAUCAACAAGAGAGAGUCCGACUAUCGGCGUGAGCUGUGGGAGGAGGACUGGCAGAACACGGAGCGGAUUCUCCAAGACAUCGCCAGAUACCCACAUGGAGUUCCUCUCCAGCAGAAAAAAGGACCAACAAAGAUCCUCAAUGAAAAACUGGAAAAGGUUGAAGAGGCUGAAGAAGUUGAAAGUCAGCACGACUAAUCUAUCUAUCUAAUGAAUAAAUUCCAUCAUGCAGAGUAUCCAACAGCCCAUCAUUCAUCCAUACUUACAACUUAUCAGACACAUUCUGGCAGCUACUCAAAAUAUUUUACUUGUGGCAAUGCUAGCCUGUGGUUUAACACGACUUGACAAACCCUAAUAAAUCAGUAUGCACACCACA